AACAUGCAUCACACACAGCUCAUGUCUGUUCUGAAACUUUAUUUCUAAACAGCAACUAUCAGGAACUAACACUGUCUUUUCCAGUGUUUCAAAUAAUGGGUCAGUCACAGAGUGAAAUGGACAAUGAAGUAGCACUUGCUCAGAUUCAAGGGCUGUACAAGAAGUUUGUCAGUGAGUGUCCUAGCGGAAAUCUGCAUCUCCAUGAGUUCAAACGAAUCUUUGGCAUCACCAGUAAAUCCACAGAAGAGGAAUGUGCCUAUAUGGAGAACUUGUUUAGGACCUUUGAUACAAAUCAGGAUAACACCAUUGAUUUCAUGGAAUAUGUGGCUGCCCUACACUUGGUUCUUCGUGGUAGACUUGAGGAUAAACUGAAGUGGUCUUUCAAAGUUUAUGACAGAGAUGGAAACGGAUGUUUGGACAAGCGAGAGGUGACGCAUGUUAUUAAGACUAUACACACACUGAAGAUGCAUGAAAACUCUUCGGGCUGUGGAGAUCUCAGCCCAGAUCAGAUAUGUGACCGAAUCUUCGAACUUGUUGACAAAAACAAUGAUGGUGAGAUUUCCCUAGAGGAGUUUUUGGAAGGAGCUCAGAGAGACAAAUGGGUGAUGGAGCAACUUAAACUGGAUGUGCGACCAAGUGGCUGGUUUCUUGAACAGCAAAAGAAAUGUUCACAAACAUAAUUGUGAAAACUGAUAUGCCUUUUAUAUAGUUUUGUUUUUUAAACUUUGACAAACUUGCCCUUUUAAAUGGAAAAAAACCUUCUGUUGAAUGCAAAAAUAUGCUGGUAUUUGUAAAUAUGUGCAUCUUUUUUCUGUAUUUAAAUACAUUACGGUGAUUUUUAUGCUUAAUAGAUACGAUGAAUAAAAAGGAAGUUACACAAUGAACAGUAGAAAGAGAUACAGACAAAUACAAAAGAAAAUGUUUUGAGUUAUGAUGAAAAUUAGGCUUUUCUUACAGCUGUUUAUUUUAUUCACCUUGUACUGCACAAAUUAUUGGCCAAAAGCUGCUUUCAAGUCCUCCUGAGAGGCUACUACUUACAAGUUCGGAAAGUGGAAUUACGCCAUGAUUUGCUUUCAAGUGAUUUUGGUCUCAAA